CUCCAUCAUUCGGACUAGUUUAGUCUUUAGGAGCAGAAAUUGCCAGAAGAACCUCAGGAGGUGUUAUCAUAUGAUCGAUUAUUUAGAGCUAAACCAAAAAUAUUCUUAAGUUACAAGGAUAUCGAGAAAGUAGCUGAUCAUGUAUUCAGAAGACGAUGAACUUGUUGGAGAUCAGUUCUCUGCAUUUUCAGAGAAAAAUGUACGAUUAGGAUUUAUACGAAAAGUGUACGGGAUUCUGCUAUGCCAGUUAGUUGUCACAAUGUUGGUGAUGGUGAUGUUUAUGUACAUAGAACCUGUAAAAGAGUAUUCUAUGAACAAUCCCUGGAUCUGGUACACAGCACUUGCUGUGACAUUUGUGACGCUGAUUGUACUAGUUUGCUGUGAUAGCGUCAGACGAAAGACUCCCCUGAACUUGAUCUUCCUCGGUCUAUUUACUUUGUGCGAGUCGAUUUUGCUUGGAGCUGUAACCAGUCACUAUGAUGAGGUGUCUGUCCUGCUAGCUGUUGGCAUCACUGCAGGUGUAUGCUUAGCACUGACUCUCUUUGCAUUUCAAACAAAAUUUGACUUUACAAUGUGUGGCGGACUUCUGUUUGUAUUCCUUAUGGUCCUAAUAAUAUUUGGAAUCUUUGCUGCAAUAUUUCACAAUAAGAUUCUGUCUGUUGUCUAUGCCAGCCUUGGAGCUCUGUUGUUUUCUUUUUACUUGGUCUUUGACACCCAGCUGAUGAUGGGAGGGAAACACAAGUACAGCCUGUCCCCCGAGGAAUACAUCUUCGCCGCCCUCAACCUUUACCUGGACAUCAUCAACCUUUUCCUUUUAAUCCUGUCCCUCGUUGGCGAGGCCAGAAGUUAGGUCAAAGGUCAAAGGUUUACAAACAGUGCAAUGAAGUUAGUCAUUUUGCUAAGGUGUAUGUGGACCAUAUACAUGUAUCGUGAAUGAAAGCUUUAAAUCAUUAUGAGACUGAUUAGGAACAUGCAAUUUGUUUUGAAUCAUAUAUAUAUUUGAAAUUUAUUGUUUCAGUUGUUUUUUUUUUUUUUGGCCCAAACAGUUACAGCUUACAUGUAUUUCUGAAUAUUUUUUUUUUUUGCUUUUAGGCUUCUGUUAAGAAUUUCUCUUUGAAAAAAAAAACAGAAAAUAUAAAUAUUUAGAU